CCCAGUACAGUUUUUUCUCAGACUCAUAAUUUUUCCUCUUGCAUUUCUCCCAGUGAAGUCUCAAAACAGUUUGGCUAAAGCUGCAUCUCAUCAUUGUUAAAACAAAAGCAGCCUUUUUCAUAGUUGGCAUUAGUAUACUCUGGGGAAAUAAGGCUUGCCAAAGUGUAUUUUUUAAUACUGUCAAUUAUCACUGGAAGAGUUCCCUGAAUGGAUAUUGACUAUUAUUGCUUCCCUUCCCCAAGUCUUUAAGGCUUGCAUUUUACAGUUGUUUGGUCUGCAAACUGCUGCAUGAAAUGCCUUGGUAUAUGACAACCAAAUGGUUGCUUCAUGUUUACUGUGCAUAAUAAAACAGAUGUAGAACAGGUACUGCUGGAUAAGCAUCCCCAGGUAGUGUAUCGAUGACAUUUUCUAAUACGAAGCUGACAGCAACAACUGUUUAGCCUUGGGGCUGUUGCCCACUUCUUAUCUAAGCAGUUGUAAGACUAAAUCUCACGUUCAUUGCUGUAUGCAUGACUAACUCCCCUGAACUAUUUUUCCAGCAAAAUAUGCUUUUCAUACAUAAAGAGGGAAGUGUACUCCUCUGGUCCUGCCAUUUUCACAACAUACAAGCCUAGGGCAGUAAUGGCUGUGGGUUAGAGGCUGAACUCUGCUGGUCAACAGCAUGACUCCCUAAGGGGAGCAUCUCCCCUGCUGGUGAAGUGCUCUCUCUGCUUACUGAGACAAGUGCUGCAUGACUCCUGCCUGCACUGUGAAGGACGAGAGAGAUCAGAAGAAGGGAAAAAUACCAGUUGGGAUCUGUUUUUGUAUGUGGAACAAGUGCACAUCACUACCAACUGUUCAAACAGAGCUGCUAGGAAAGAAGCAGUGUGAGGUAUUCUGGGGUGUGUUUUCUUUUAAGGAAUGGUCUAGCAGCUUUCAAUUACACCCAUUUUCCAGGCAGACUUUGAUUUCUGUUUCCUUGGCCUCACUGACUGCCCCUGUGAGCAUGACUACCUCCUGCUGUGAGCAUGCUGGGUGCUGCGCAUUUGUCCCAGCUCUGGCUCCACGCUGAAGCACAGCAGCCGGGGAGGUGAAAGUCCACCAUGGGCUGGUGGUGGCUGUGGGGUGCUGGGCGUGGGGUAGCGCUGCUGCAGGUCACUGCAGGAGUGGAGGUCUUGUUCCUUGCUUCAGUGCUUCUGCCUGGCAAGAGGAGGUAGAGCUGUGAGCAGGGAGCGCGGGGCCACAGAGCCCUCCUCACAGCUGGCUGGGCUGUAAUUGUGCUGGGGGUCGGUGGGUGGCUGCUGUGGGCCUGCUGGGCCAGGGAGGAGCUGGUUCUCUUUCUACCCCUUCUACCCCUCUGUCAGAAAAGCUGCCUAAGCUUGUUUUUUGCAGUAUUAGUCUUCAAUGAAGACUGAAACAACUAUCAGUGGUUAAUUUUAAAAGUAAAAGAAAACACAGCAAAUAAACACAAUGUAACAGCUGGAGUACUGUAUUUAUUUAGCUGUUCGGGGCGGGGAAAAACAUGCUGUGAUGAGGAGUUAAAUGCAAGUUCUGCCUGGGUGAAUUAAGGUCUGAUUUCAAAUGAAACCUUAAAAAAUAAAGCUUGCAACAUGUCGUUUAAUAAUUUAUGGAGUUAGUCUUGACUUUUGGUCAAAUGUUUUCGUUACUUAAAUAGCUUCACUGCCAACUAAGUGUAUCAGUGUUGCAAAGAGGACAGAUGAAGUUUUGAGGUGGUUUUGAUACCAAAAUGCCAACAUUUGAUGAUAUUUUGGAGCAGGUGGGCGAAUUUAACAGGUUCCAAAAGCAAACCUUUUUCCUCCUGUGUUUGCUCUCCGCCGCCUUCACUCCCAUCUACGUGGGUGUCGUCUUCUUCGGGUUCACCCCCGAGCACCGCUGCUUCAGCCCCGGCGUGGCGGAGCUGAGCCAGCGCUGCGGCUGGAGCCUGGAGGAGCAGCUGAACCACACCGUGCCCGAGUGGGGCGGCCACGGGACUGCUUUCGGCAGCCGCUGCAGGAGGUACGACGUGGACUGGAACGCGACGGGCCUCAGCUGCACCGACCCCCUGGGCAGCCUCGCAGGCAACCGGAGCUCCAUCCCCCUCAGCCCCUGCCGGGACGGGUGGCUCUACGACUACCCGGGGACCUCGCUCGUCACUGAGUUUAACCUGGUGUGCGAGGACUCCUGGAAGUUAGACCUCUUUCAGUCGUCUGUGAACGCUGGCUUUUUUAUUGGCUCCGUAAACAUUGGCUACAUAGCAGACAGGUUUGGCCGUAAAUUUUGCCUCUUAACUACAAUUCUUGCAAACGUGGUCUGCGGCAUCCUCCUGGUCUUUGUGCCCUCCUACCUGUGGAUAGUGAUUUUCCGCUUCUUGCAAGGGCUGGUCAGCAAGGGUUGCUGGACUGCGGGCUACAUCCUAGUGACCGAAGUCGUCGGUCCGCAGUACAGGAGGACAGUGGGGAUUCUCUACCAGACGGCCUUCUCCGUUGGGCUCCUGGUGUUCGAUGCCAUCGCUUAUGCCAUCCCUCACUGGCGGUGGCUGCAGCUCACGGUCACCCUGCCCAGCUGCUUCUUCCUGCUCUUCCACUGGUUCCUCCCAGAGUCUCCCAGGUGGCUGAUAUCUCAAGGAAAAAAUGACGAAGCUAAGAAAAUUGUCAGCGAUAUAGCUAAAAAAAAUCGGAAAAAGAUGCCUUCCCAUUUUGAGGAUAUUAAAUUUGAAGAUGAUGAUGAGGGCGGAAAGCAGAGUCCUUCGCUAAUUGACCUUGUCAGGACACCACAGAUGAGAAAAAACACAUUAAUUUUAAUGUACAACUGGUUCACGAGCUCCGUCCUCUACCAGGGGCUCAUCAUGCACAUGGGUCUAGCUGGGGGGAACAUCUACCUGGAUUUCCUCUAUUCUGCUCUCGUUGAGUUCCCAGCUGCCUUCAUCAUCAUCAUCACCAUUGACCGUGUUGGGCGGCGUUACCCCUGGGCUGCAGCAAACCUGGUGGCUGGGGCUGCCUGCCUUGUCACAGCACUGAUCCCAGCGGACAUAUAUUGGCUAAAACUGAUUGCUGCUUGCCUUGGGAGAAUGGGAAUCACAAUGGCUUUUGAAAUGGUUUGUUUUGUAAACACUGAACUAUAUCCAACAUACAUCAGGAAUCUCGGGGUGAUGGUCUGCUCUGCCUUGUGUGAUGUUGGUGGAAUUGUCGUCCCAUUUAUUGUCUACAGACUGGUGGAAAUCUGGCAUGAGCUGCCUCUGGUGGUCUUCACUGUUCUUGGUUUAAUUGCGGGUGGAUUGGUGUUGCUCCUGCCUGAAACUAAAGGAAGAGUUUUGCCUGAGACUGUUGAAGAUGUUGAAAACUUUCACAGGCAAAGUGCUCCGAAGGACAAAAAGAUCUAUCUCCACGUCCAGACAUCAGAAGUAGCACGUGACUGAAGAUGGUACAACCUUCUGGGCAGUGCUUUAGGGCACUGGCACGGACAAGCAAAUUGGAAUGAAUGCCCUUUUGUCUUGCCUCCUUUCCUUUUCUUCAUAGAAUCACAGAACAACACAGGCUGGAAGGGAUCUCGAAAGAUCAUCAGGUCCAACAUUUCACGGGAGCCUAGAUGAGAUUAUCUGGCACCCCGUCCAAGAGCAGCUUGAAAGCCUCCAGUGCUGGGGUUGCUCACCCAUCCCUCUUUUUUUUGGUCUGCCUAUCCUUUGCUUACAAUGUUUUCUGAUCAGGUUGUCCCUAUGACUGCAUAGCUGCUUCCCUCUCUGUAUGCUGUAAUAUUAAUGUUUUAGGGCUGGAAAAUGUUCACGCAAGCGGGACCUAAACAUGAGAGCAGGUCUUAUUUUGAGGAUGGAGGUUUCCCAACAGAACUCUCUAAGUCCCCAUGAAAUCUGACUUUGUUUUGUUGUAUACAGGGACAGCAUAAGAGUUAUGUUACCAUUACCUCUGUCGUGGAACUGAGGUGACUACAAAUCUCAUAUAAUCCUGUUAGAACAAGCAACCACUUUGCACAGACCUUUUUGCUAUCCCGUAUGUGUUAUGGUGUUCGUACAUGCCCAUGUGAGUGUACAGUUGUCCUGACUGUGGAUUUUACUGGCUAUCCUCAAGCUCACAAGGAUGGGCAUGGGCAUGAAGAGGGUGCAUGCAAGAAAGGCUACUGCACUUGUGAAGAUCUAGGGGUCUUUCUCAUUACUAAGUGUAGCCACUACAUUUUCUUGUUAAUAUCUCCACAGGCUCUAUCCUUCUUGGUAUGAUGCUGUUUUCUUAAAUCUCCAUGUCAUUAUAAAUGUGUGCACACAGACAUGUGGAACUUUAUUAAUUAUAUUCUGUUGAGCCCAGCUGGGGGUGUGGGGCUGGGAAUGAUAUAGCUGUCAGGGAGCCCAGGGCCUGACAGUGUCCUGCUCCACCUAAUAAUUUUAUCAGGGUUAGCCUGUGCCAGCACAGAGCUGUAUCUCUGGAGCGAGUGGGGCCCAGGCUUAGGACAGGGUUUCUGAUCUGGGAUUUGGCCAGUGCUCCUGUGCCACGGGGAGCAUUAGGGGCAAAGUUAGAUCUACUAGGGCCUGUCCAGCACCUCUCACAAUUUUCAGUUGCCCCAGAAAUGGGGUCUGCCUGUUUCUGUGCCUCCUGCUCCUCUCUGCUGUCAGUGGCAGUAGCGUAUCCCCUGCCCAUCUUUCCUGUUCAUGUUCUGCUUUUUCUUUUCCAUACCACUGUGCAACCCUAACAGUCCUGUGGUUGCAGAGGAGAAGGAGCAUGAAGUACUGUUGCUCCCCUUCACUGUUUGGCUGAUCCCUAGCACUGUUGGGAAAAACUGGAAGCCAGUGAGGAUGCUGUAUGUGUUCCACAAGAUACUUCUGCCACUUACUGAUCAGCUGCAGGAAGAGAGCCCCCAGCUGAGCAAAAUGUUGCUGGACUCCCACGGGCAGUGUGCAGUUGCCCUGGGGUUGCUUCCUGGCCCAAGCAUCAGUUAAUGUUCAGCCUUGCUGUGAGGGCCUAGAAGGCAGGGCAACAUGUUGUCCAGCGAAGCAGGGCCCUCAGAUGACUUCAGUCUGAGCUGUUGCAAAACUCAUGUUUGCUUUGGGGUCAGAGAGAAACAAAUCUGGUCCUGAGAUUGGCAAGAGGGCCCGUGGGGAUGCAAUUGUGUGUGUACCGUGGAGCUGAUCCCCUGCUGUGAUUUUGUGAUGACUUAGCUCUUUCCUGGAAGAAAGCUGUCAGAACAUC